AUGUUCAUUAAGCUUGCAAAAGACAUCGUCUACCAUGGGAAUGAUCGUUACAAAGUAUGGAAACUUUAUGAUGCUUAUAUGGAAGGCAAAAGUGACGAUAUCAAGGAGGCUUUCACCAAUAACUAUGUGAACGUAAAGCAACUCGAAUUCAUGAAAAAACGCCUAAAAGCAAUUCUAGGAUACUACUUGACGAGGGAUCAAAUAGAGAGGGUAGAAAAAACACUAGAAAAAGAGGUGGCUAAAAAGAAAUCGUAUCAGGACCUCAUCGCAGCCGUGGAGACCGCAGUGGCUAAGGACAUUGGAAAAGAGAAAGCUAAAAGGGCUGUGGAAAAGACGAUCAAAGACCUACGUCUUCUCGAAAAACAAAACGUUGGAUGGCUCGAAAAAGCCAGCAAGCUCUUCUUCUCGUUGAUAAAACAUGACGAACACUAG